UGCCAAAUAAAUUGCGAACGUUUCAUCCAAGGCUUUUCCAUAACACUAACAGUUUCAUCGCAAGCGGCGGUGCGAGCGGUGCCCCUUGGUUUCAGUCAAGUUUCAAGCAAGAUUCUAACAGUAACUCUUGUAUGAUGCAAGAUAAAUGAUUUGUUCAACAUAAUUAGAAUUAUUUUAGAUCUUACAGAUUGGAUCAGAUAUUUGAGAUAUUUCAAUUUAUAGUCACCGUAUCGGACAGUGACAGGAUACCACGAUUUCAAUUUCAGUUCCACGGACGCCACGGACCACGCUUCCAAGGUGCUGAGAAGCUAUAAGAACAGAUGUACCAAAAUCAGGAUUACUCAUAGUUCUCAAAUAUGGCAGAUUACUGGAAGUCGAACCCCCGCAAGUUUUGCGAUGUUUGCAAGUGCUGGUUCGCCGAUAAUAGAUCUAGUAUCGAGUUCCAUGAGCGCGGCAAGCGACACCAAGAGGCGGUGCGCGCCCAGCUGGCCGACCUGGCCCGCCGCGGCCGACAGGACCACAUCCAGAAACAGCAACUGGACGCUGAAAUGGAACAGAUGGAGAAGGCGGCGAUGGCGGCCUUCAAGAAGGACCUGGCCAGUAACCCGGACCUCGCCCGUCAGUACGGAGUCAAGGUGACCAAGAAGCCGGGCGCGCUGGGCCCCGGCGAGUACGGCCCCACGCUGGACGGGGCCCCGGUGCCAAGUGAGGAGGGCCCCUCCAUGGACGGAGUCCCCGUACCCAAGGAGACCCCGGCGCCGCCGCCAGCAGAGCCGGCCAAGAAAUGGCACGAGGCCAAGUCAGACCAGGGCUACUCCUACUACUGGAACGUUGAUACUGGCGAGGCCGUGUGGGAGCCACCCGACGAGGGGUACGUGGCUCUGCCAGAGUGUGCUCCUCCGCCACCGGACACGGUCAAAAAGGAGCCAGGAGCCGUCAAACAGGAGCCGGGAGCCGUCAAACAGGAGCCGGGGGCCGUGAAGCAGGAGGCCGACAGUGACGAGCCGCCGCCGCCGGCGGAGGAGGUGGUGGGCCCGGCGGCCCGGCCCGACCCCUACGGCAGCCGCUGGGAGACUGUGCACAGGGAGCCGGCGGUGCCCGUAGAUCUACAGCUACCGGAGCAGCACCAGCCCAAGGUGCAGCCGGCCGUGCCCCGCGACAAGUCGCGCAUCGUCUUCCGGCAGAAGACAGUGGCUUCCCUGGGUGCCGGCGCGGGUGAAACGUUCAAAAAGCGGCGCGUGGAGGGCGACAAGCGGCGUAACAUCCGCCAGAGGACAGACGACUGAGAGAGACGUGUGCGAAGUGGGCACUGACAUUAUGUGAAUGUGUUGAUGGUUGCUGGUCGCGACGGGCCUUGGUCGUGACUGAACGUCAGUAAACGCGAUCGCGCAUAUUGUGUUUUGGAGUGAUUAUGGAUUUAUUGACACCUGUGGACUAAACUACCGCUACCUGUUCAACAUCGUACCGGCUAAUGGCUAGCCUAUGGUGAGAUGCCGGGCUCUGCCACUACUCAAUGCCUAUUCGUAUGUACGAUCGGCUUGUAAGACUUGCUGGCGUCGGAUUAUAGCACGUGUCUGUGUUUGUGUGUGUUUUUUUCUGAGAUGUGCUAUAUGUCUGCUCUGGGAAAAUAUCCCGUUGAACUGGACGAUGCCCUAUGUCAUUCGUGGUUUCGCCGUGUGACCUUAUUUGUAAGAAAAGAUACAUAGAACUCAUCGUCAUGCUCAUA